AGAAAUGAUUUGUAGAACAUUUGCCGUGCUAUGUUGUUCUUUUACGACACUUGUCAUCUUGUUACGUUAGCACGGGUUGUUUAGUCAUUGGUUAGCAUGUUAGCCCAAAACGAGCGACAGAAAUGUACACAAGUAGGCACGUGCACACGUUUCGGUCACAGUUUGACGUCAUUCGUGUGAGCUGGAGUGUCCCCCAGAUGACCUUGGGUGAGAGGUGACCCUGGACCGGUCACCGGGCAGCUCACACGAAGACAAACAAUGACCGGCAGUUCCUCCCAAUGGGAAACCGCUUCUGUGUAUGUUCCAGGAAAUUAGCGGGCCGCACGCUGUUCAUCACGGGGGCCAGCCGCGGCAUCGGCAAGGCCAUCGCCUUGAAAGCGGCCCGAGAUGGCGCCAACGUGGUCAUCGCCGCCAAGACUGCGCAACCUCACCCCAAACUCCCCGGCACCAUCUACAGCGCCGCGCGGGAGGUGGAGGAUCUCGGCGGGAAAGCGCUGCCGUGCGUCGUCGACAUCCGAGACGACAAACAAGUUGAAGACGCCGUCCGGAAAGCCGUCGACAAGUUUGGAGGCAUCGACAUCUUGGUGAACAAUGCCAGCGCCAUCAACCUGACGGGAACCUUGGAAACGUCCAUGAAGAAGGUGGACCUCAUGCUGGGAAUCAACCUGAGAGGAACAUACGUGACGUCCAAGUUGGUAAUCCCACACCUCCUUAAGAGUUCCUCCCCCCAUAUCCUCAAUUUGGCUCCACCCCUCAACCUCAAUCCCAUCUGGUUCAAGAACCACACAGCCUACACCAUGGCCAAAUACGGCAUGUCCAUGUGCGUCCUGGGUAUGGCGGAAGAGUUCAGAGGUCAAAUCGCCGUCAACGCCCUCUGGCCGAGAACCGCCAUCCAAACGGCGGCCAUGGACAUGCUGGGCGGCGAGGGCGUGGCCAAGCAGUGUCGUACGGCGGACAUCAUGGCAGACGCCGCCUACGUCGUCCUGUCGCGGCCCAAAACCUUCACGGGUCACUUCCUGGUGGAUGAGGACGUCCUGAGGGAGCACGGAGUGGAAGACAUGGAUCGCUACGCCGUUCAGCCAGGUCACCCGCUUCUGCCCGACUUCUUCCUGGACGAAGCCCCCGAGGCGUUGGCCCAGCAGAUGGAGAAACACGGGGCGACACCCGCCUUCCAGCCGCCGUCCUCGUCAGCCGCGCCCUCCCCCGGCGGCCCGAUAGAAAGCACCUUCGAGGUGAUCCGAGGCGUCCUCAACGAGGACCUGGUCAAGUCCACGAAGGCUCUCUACCAGUUUGACCUCGCGGGAGAACAUGGCGGCGUUUGGUUCCUGGACUUGAAAAGCGGCUCGGGCAGCGCAGGGCGGGGCCGACCGAACGGUGUGCCCGACGUGGUCAUGACCAUGGACUCGGCGGACUUCAGCAAAAUGUUCGCGGGCAACCUGAAGCCGACGACUGCGUUCAUGUCGGGGAAACUUCGCAUCAAGGGGGACAUGACGCUCGCCAUCAAGCUGGAGAUGAUGAUGGGUCGCAUGUCCAAGCUGUGAUGUCAUCAGGCGAAGACAAUGUCAUCAUGUCAAUAAACGUCAACACUGAAGUA